AUGACAGAGAAAUCAGAGCCCCUAAAGGAUGCAAUGCCCACAGAGAGGAAGUCCACGUGGAGGACGGCCGAGGAGAGGCGGAUGUCCGACCUCACUAGGGUGCUGGAGUGGCUGGAGCGGAGGCAGGGGAAGAAAAAGCAAAAACCCAAGGGAAUAAUGACCCCUAAAACAAAUGGGAAGGAAGGAAAGAAAGACCAAAACCUCCUGAAACAGCAGAGAGGGAACCGACAGGUGGCGUUUGCCAACCAGAAGCCCUCAGAGCAAAGCGCCAAGAACGCCCUGGACCCAAAGGGAAAACGCCUCAGCAUCGUUCCCAGCAACUACAAGGAUGGGCCCAGGAAAUCCGACCUCGACAUCAAGGACGCAAUCGCGCUGGAGUCCGCUCAGCGGCCCCUGUCCUACCGCCGCCAGAGCGUCCUGGACCCCGCGUUGCAGGAAUCGCCUGUCUUCGGCGGUCGGAAGUCCACCCUCCUGAGAGACUGGGUAAUAAGCAGGACGACCGAGAUCUCCCAUGAGCGCAAGCUGAAGAGUCUCAUGGAGAAGGGCACCGAGCCCAAGGUGGAGCUGGUGAGGAUGCUGAAGCCGGAGGAGGUGCUGAGCUGCCGAUACCUGAGGUUGUCCAAGAACAACAUUCGGACCUUGCUCAAGCUAUGCAAGGAUGCAGGCAUGAUCGUGGACAUCCACCCCCACAUGGUCGAAGGAGAGAUAGAUGCUAAAAAGGUGUUCGCCCAAAACCCCAGCGUGGCCCUCUAG